CUCGAAAGGCUCUGCGCGAGGUGCUGUCGCUAGGCUUUCUCUCGUCGCUGCUUGACCUUGCGCUGGAAUCGAAGUCUGAUGCGUUUGAUCCUGCUGCUGCAGCGGUGUCUGCUGCACCUGUCGUUGGGGUUGUUGCUGUGGCUUCAAAGGCCGACGUACCAUCUGUAAGGUGGGAUGCGGUGGAUGCCGCGGGGCCGGAAGCUGGCAGGAGGCUGCGCCAGAUGGGCUCAGCGCCGGGCCGUGGGGCCAAUGGCCAACGCCCCAUCCAUUCGUUGCUGCGCGUCCGGGUGGAUGGGACGGCUGGAGGAGCGGACAGGCAAAGCAUCUUGGAGAAGGACCGCGAGCAGCUGCGAACAUGGGCGCUCGGGGUGCUUCGGGAGCUUCAUGCUAACGUGACCCUGGAGGAGCUCCACGCAGCGCUGCUUCGGAACGCUGUACAGUGCGGUGCUGUCCCGGCGCGUGAGGGAGCCGCCUGGUUCAAGUUGUAUCCUUACAUCAACAACGAUGAUAUCGUGGUGCGGUCCCGGCAGCUGCUGGCCGUUUUGAUGCACAGCAGCAGGAGCUCGCAGGAAGCCUGGGCAGCGGUCACGCAGGCCUUCUUGCACAGCCUCGUUCAGCCGGACAACGAAGCGGCGCGUGUGAUGGCGGAGAUGUGGAGCGGCGGCGAAGCCCACGGAAGCCAAGCCUUCGAGGUCACGCCCGAGUCUUAUCAGUCUUACGUCAGAAAUCUGCAGGACAAGAUGGAUCAGUUGCUUGGAGGGCUGCUCCAGGAAGGACUAGAGGAUGGCGGCAGUCCGCGGGCGGGGCGGAGCUUGUCCGAAAAGGACUUGGCGGCAUAUAGACUCGCAAUGACACCACGUUCUUACCUGCAGGCUGCGGGUCAGAAGCUGCUUUAUCACGCUGCACUUCAGAUUCCAUGCAUGGCGGAGCUCCCGGAGCGUAUCCCUAACUGGACGCUCCGAAACCUGUACGGCAGGCCGUUUGCAGAGGCCAUCAAGCUGGCACUUCAGCAUGGCAUGGCAGCCAUUAAAGAGGCCUUCGGCCCGAGUGGCGAGGGGCCUGACGAGCGCGUACGAGGCGGAAAGCUGGCCCACUCCUUGCUGCAAUCCGGCCGCAAGGAUGGCCCCCAAAAGUCUCAAGAACGGCAGCCGCCACCCCUGUCAAAGCGCGCGGCAGCUGCGGCUGCCCGCUUGAGCUGCGGAUGGCGGACGGCUGCUGGCGGUGGCAACUCAGGUUCCGCCGACGGCACCGGUGGCGUGGGCAAAGGCGAUGCCUGCCAGCGGGCAUUAAGCCGCGCGCGAACUGCAGUGGAGUUCUUUGCCGAAGUGGAGAGGGACAUACGGGGUUUCAAGGAGGGGUUCACAGCUAUCAUUCUUAAGAGCAGCGGCGCCCCUGGUGGGGCCCUCCUGCGGCCGGGGUCUUACAGGGGCCUGCAGCAGCAGCAGCAGCCGUUGCAGCCCCACUGCGCCAUAGCCUAUUUGUCGGUUCUGCGAGAAGACGUAGCAUGGGCGUUCCGCGAGUGGAGUAGCUCCCUGCGGACCUUCCUGUAUGGCAGCGUCACUUCGGCAGUGCAGGCAUGCCUCGCUGAUGACGACCUGAACCAGCCUGUCGGCGCUGUGCCGCUGUCGCCUGUCACGUGGCCGAUGCUGGCGGACGUACGGCUGAUCCCGGACUGUCCCUCCACCACACAGGUUCUUGAGUUCGCGUCGUGGCUGCUCAGUCGUCUGCCAGAGCUACCGGAAACGCUCCAGCCUGUUCUUGCUGGAGCAGUGGUGGAGUGUCUAAGCAUGCUAAUGGACCGCCUGUCGCUGGUCUGCACCAGCCUAACAGACAUGCCCGGCAGUCGCCCUCUGUCGCUGUUGCUGCUCUUUCACUCGGCCGCCUGCUGUGUACGGCGCCGACUGGAGGCCAUGCAGCCCGGGCUAGGCGGCACGGCGGCGACGGCGAUGGGGUAUUGUCCGUACGACGGCGGGCAGGAUGUGGAUCUGGCCCGACAGCACGGCGAAGCGCUGGUGCAGGCCGACGAGCUUGUGACGAGCAUCCAGCAACACACCGUCCUGGCGUUUAUGCAAGCUGUGUACGAUGUCGUACUCUCCUCCCUGGACCGGACCAACUGGUGUGCCUUCCGACCCGAGGUGAUGCGGGGCCAGAGCGCGGGUCCGGCAGUGCGCGUGUGGCACUCGAUGCUGCUGCGCAUGCUGCGCGCAGCGGCCCAGCAUGCUGCACCCGAUGCUGCUGAGUGGCUUCUGGGGCAGGUCCUUUUAGAGAGCGCGAGCUGCCUGACGCAGCGGUAUCUUCAGGUCGGACCCACCGUCCAGAUGCUUCGGGAGUUUGUCGCCGACGCGGUGCACCUGACGGCGUCGGUGUUCCUCUUCUGUCAGCCCAUACCCGUCAGGAGAAGGGCGCACGUACCUCGCGGCGGCGACAGCGGCGGCGGCGGCUGGGGUGGACCCGCCACGGGACACGGCGUGGGUUGGGAAGCGCAGCUGCAAGACAGCGCCACCGACGGCCACGACGCCAUGAAGGUGGCGUUUUGGCUGCGGUUACCCUUCCCUACAGCCCGCGCGCUGUCGGAAGCAGCACGGGAGCUGCUCACCCGUGCCGCGCUGUUGCAUAUCCCCGGCAGGCAGCUGGAAAACAUCGCGCGCGAGGCGGGCCUCUUGGUGACUGGACCCGCCAAGGAAAGACCCGAAUGUGCACCUAGCAGACCUAACGCUGCUGCUGCGGCAGGCGUAACCGUGGCUGGGGCUGCGCCAACCCUGCCAGCGAGAACCGGCACCACCGGUGACGAAGCCGCAUCAGCCGCGUCUGCGAUGAUGGGCUCAACUGACCCGUGGGUCGCCAAUUCCGCGGGUGCUGCUGCCGCCGCAGCCGGGGUGGUGAACCUGGCGGCGGCUUCGGAUGAGGAACGGCUGGCGCUAUGGACCACCUGGUUGCCCAGCGACGUGGUGCGCGUCUUGACGGACCCGGGGGAAGCGAUUGGGCUGCGCCUCGGCGGUGUAGGUGGCGAUGGCGGCAGUGACGCCGUCGACCAGCUGCUUAUUCCGUUGGCGAAUAGGAUGGCUGAUGCUGCACCGGAAGUCCGGCAUGCUUCCAAGGAGCCUGAAGGCCCUAUGUGGCGCGCUUGCCUCGAGCACCUGGCACAGCGAGCGAAUGCAGAGGAGGUGAUGCUGGCGCUGGCACGGCGGCACGAGCUGCACGCUGCCGUGGGGACAGAACCGCCCGGUUACGCGGAAAGCCGCCCCGUGAAGGCCAAAGCAAGGCUAUCGGAGCAGACUCAAGCCUUUGCCCUUGAGCUUCAGUCAAACAGCCCACCCGCAGACAGCUGCCGCUCUGGCUUUACUCUAGACCCUGAGCUUAGGCGUUUUAACACGCAGCUACUGGAGACGUGCUGCGUUGCGAAGCCUGAUGCACGAGCUCUCCUACGCGUAGAGCUGCUCUUGGGUGAGGUUCGCCGCUGGCUAGCGGCACGGCCCUGCCCAGCCGCCGCCACUGCCGUGUUGUACGCUGCGGGUGACGGUCUGGUCCACGCGGAGCAUGCUGUGCGUUCCGUGGGGCUCGUCCGCUUCUGGCAACCUGAGAAUGCCUCAGUCUUCCUGGCUUUGCUGCAGCUGUACGCCGAUGUGCUCGUGCAGGCGACCCGUGCCGCACACAUGAACCACCGCCAGCAACAACAGCAGCGAAACCCGGAGGACUUGAAACCGGCCCCGCAGCAGCAGGAACGUGAGAAGGGAGAUGCGCAUCAGCAGCAGCAACAACAACAACAACAACAACAGCGGCAGAGCAGUUGCAGUGACGUUGUGGUUCUGGCCUCUGAUCAAGAGCAACAACAACGUCAGCAGCAGCAGGCGCGUGGCCUAGCCGCGGAGAAGCUGAUCCCACAGCUCUCGGAGGUGUCUAUGGAGUGUGGCGAAUCGGCCUUGCAGCCGGGGCGUAGCCCGCAGCCGAAGCAGCACCAGCAGGUGCCGCUGACUUUUGCCGCGGCGGCGCUGCUGCUGCGGCCGGAUUGGCUGGACAUGCUCGCAGAGGCGUUGGAGCUGCUUCACUUCAAUGAGGAGUUCCGUCUGGCGGCUGCUAGGGCAGGUUGGGAGCCGCAGGAGGCGCUUUCCAAGGCCCUGCAGCUGUGGUGCUUCCUGACCCAGCUCGUGAGGUUCGCUGCUGCACAUGCGGACAGUGUGAAACGCAUGGAGCCUUGCCUGCAGCGCUUGGGUGCACUGCUGGCGCCUCCCUCCGGCACCGUACCACACCUUUUGGAUCUGCCCCUCGCGGAGGACACACUGGUGGCGCAGCUCCACGCCCUGUGGCUGCUACAGGUACUGUACGAUAUGCCGGAUGCCAAGGUGCUGUACUCAGCACAGCUGGCGGAAUACUACGUGGCCCUGCACCACAACGCCAUGGUGCAGAGCUAUGAGGCGUCGGCAGCGGACCCCAAAUCAGCCGCAGCAGAGCUCUGCCGCAUCCAUGCCACGUUGCUGCGCAGCCUGGCGCGACAUCCCGGCGCGCCCGUGCGCAAUGCCUUUGCCCGUGUGAAGACCGUGGACUGGAUUCUCGAGGAGCUGUCACUGGAAUGCCAGCUGCUGCCCGCGGCCCAGCAGGACGGCGAAGCCGAGGAUCCGGACUCAGAAGACUCCAGCAGCGACUCGGACAUUACGGUAACGGAUGAUGAGGACGCCGCUACGGGCGGCGGCAUAGGCGGUAGUGGUGAUGGUAAUGGCGAGGUUGCAGCAGAGCAGUCGCUGCCUUCUUGCAGCGCCAGGACGCGACUGUUGAGCCCCGUCGCUCCGACGGAAGCAGACUUGCAGGAGAAGGAGGCGGCGGUGGCGGCUGGGUCAUGUCCAGCGGCUGAAGCUGAGGCUUCCCGCAAAGAGAGUAAGGGCUUUUCCUUCACGUACGACCUGAAUGAGGACGUAGAACGGCUCAUUGCGCUGGAAGACGAGCUGGGCCGUGAGAUGGAGCUAGAUGGGUUGGAUUACGAUGACGAGGGGAAACAGCUCAAGGCUCGAAGCGACGCUCGGAUGGCGGAGGCGCUUGCGGCGGAGGCUGCUGCUGCAGCGGAGGCUGCCACAGCGGCGGCGGCGGCAGAGGCAGGGGAGCUGCAACCGGCGUCACCAGCGCCAGUAGGGGAAUACAGUCCCGGAGCUCAAGCGCUGCAGCAGCAGCAAAUGCAGGCUGGCCCGCGGGAUCUGCAGUCGCAUGGCAGUUUCGGCGCCAGUAGCCGGCCCUCCGGCAGCAUCCCGCGGCUGGCGUUGGUCGGGUUGCGCAGCGUGUCCAUAAGUUCCCUGGCGGCUCAGUCACCCGCUGGCAAGCGCCCCUCUGGACACGGUGCCCGCGCGAGCCGUACUGGCAACAGCAGUGGUGUCCUCUCUGUACAUGAGGGUGAGGACGGCGCUGGGGAGGAGCCCUUGUCUGGAGACGCUUGCUGUACGCCGUCGAUAAGCGCCGCCGCGACGGCGGCGGAGCGCGUAGCUGCCUGGUCCUCGAACCUCAUGGACGCCUACGCGGCGGCGAACGCCGGCGACGACAGCAAGCUGCCGUACCCGCCGCCGCGGAGGAGGUCCAGGGGCAGUGGCAGCCUUGACCGCGGGUCCUCGCCAGCGGCACCCCAGACUCCUCCUUGGGAUGGGGAUACUAUCAACGAACAGCCCCCGCCCCCUCCACAUCAACAGCAGCAGCAGCAGCAGCAGCAACAACAAGAUGACCAGCUGCAGCCGGCAACCGGUGAGGCCGGCGCCGUUGUUCCCGCUUCCGCGGCCGACGAGCCGAUCAUGGCUGGCCCGGUCCGUCCACGGGAGCUUACGAGCGGUUGCCCCAUCCAUCCCGGCCCGCUAGGGGAGCUGCACCUGAUGGUGCACACCACAGGGACGGGUCGCACUACACAGCCGUCCAGUACCACUUCGGUUGCUCACGGGAGGCCGCCCCUGCCAACCAAGCCGUCUCUGCCGCCGUUGAGGAUGGUCUUCGGGGCAUCCACGGAGGCAGGGACGGCGGCGACGGCUCCGGCGGCACCGGUGUCGUCGUCGUCACCGUCUGUGUCGGCCCGUGCACAUCCGCCGGGUAGCUCGCGCGCCAUGGUGCUGCUGUCUGCAUCCAAUCGUGUGAACAACGCGGGCUUGCACGCAGCUUCCCCAAACGCUGCAUCUCAACAGCAGCACCAAGCUCAGCAGGGCCAGGCGCCAUGGGCGCAAGGCCCGCACUCCACUAUGGUUGCUCUCGGCGCGUCGCCGAUCCGUGAUACAAGCCGCCAGUUCUACGCCUCAAACGAAGGCUGCUCCUCCUCCACAACAUCCGCCCCUCCGCAGCCGCCAUCCGAUCGGCCAACGCAGCCGCUCAUCCCCGCGCUCAACCUGAAGUCCUUGCGGCGGCGUGACGGCGGCGGCGGCAGUACCGCGCCACCCACCGACACGGGCCGUACCGUGCCGCUGAGCUCCAUGCUCCGCUUUACGAACGCCGGCAGCUUGUCCAACUGCAGCGGCAGGGACUCCGCCAACACGCUGCUUCGCUCCGGCGGCACCGCCACCACGCCUGUCAGCAGCAAUAUUAACGCGCACACCCACAGCCACGGGGCUAGUAAUCUCGGCAACGGAUUGGUGGCAUCAGGCGCGCUGCGCCGCAUCACCGAGACGGAGCAAAAGCCGCCGGAGGCAACCUACCAGGAACUCGCCUGCCAGCGGCUGCUAUACCAGGACCGCGCGACCCACAUCCUGCUCCUCAAGGUGGUGGUUGACCUGCUGGUAGCGCCAACGGCUACGCUGGACCCCGCCUACGUGCCGCAGUAUCCCGUGCAUAGCGGCGUGCCCCACGCCGAGUUUAUCUUGUUGUGGCACCUUAACGCGCCGCGCAAUGCCGGCGUCGUGCAUGACUUGUGUCGCGGCGCGCAGCACCGCGCCCGCCAGGCCGCCGCCACGGCGGUGCGCCGUGCCGCAGAAGCGGCCGCCGCUGCGGUCUCCUCUCAGCCCCUUGGGCGUUCACCGCGGCUUUCGGACCCUGCCAGUUCUGAGCUGACGACGACGACGACCCAGCAGGGACCCUCGGACUCGGCUCGCGACUACUCGCCCUCGCUAAACAAUGCUGCGACCUCACACCAGUCCUCCUCGCCGUUAUCGGUGGGAAGGACGGCACCCGCGGGCCCCGCAGCAGCACCGUCAGGUGCUACUCCCAGAGCCGACGUCGCGGCACCCACCCGCGCUGGUGCCGUUACUCGCACGUUGCAGCUCCUCAGCCGGCCGCUGUUUGACGCGAGCCGGUACACCAAUCUGCAGUUUGUGGCCCGCGGCACGUUUGGCGACAUCUACCGCGCUCGCAUGGAGCCGCCGCGCGCGUUGGCUUGGCCGUCGCCGGUGUCGCAGGGCGAGGCAGCGGCGGCGGUAGCGGCGGCCGCGGCGCCUAUGCAAGUCGUUAUCAAGACCAUCCAGCUACCGUCCUCCUCUCACGACCCGUGCGUGCUGGCUGACGUAUUCGGAGAGGUGUCCGUGAUGGAGCGGUUUCGAGGUCACGAGUGUAUCUGCCAGCUGCUUGACUACGGCAUGCACAACGAUGCCUACUGGUUGGUCAUGCGCCGCUACCGAUGCUCGCUGGCGGAGUGGCGCGGCCGACAGAAGCCUCUGGACGAACCCGCAGCUGCAGCGGCGGCGGCGGCGGCGGCGCGGGUAUACCUCUCCGCUCUGAGCCAGGUGGUGGAUGCGCUGCGCCUGCUGGCAUCCCAUCACGUAGUACAUUUUGACCUCAAGUGCUCCAACGUGUUGAUUGAGCCGCUGCCCGGUAUACGUGACGGUGAGCUUUGGGCGCCAGCUGGAGGUAGUAGCAGCACAAGCAACAACACCAACAGCAGCACCGGCGGCAACAGCGAUAGCAGUAGCACCGGUAGCAGCACCCAGCACCGCGCGCCGUUUCGUUGCGUGCUGGCUGACUUUGGUGAGGCCCGUGCGUACCGUUGUGCUGAGGAGGCCUUUACAGCGCGCAACCGCGGCACGGAGGUGUUCAAGAGCCCCGAGAUGCUGUUGCUGAACGCCGUAGGCUCGCGGGCCAACGGCGCCGCCAAGUCCACGGCGCCGCCACCACCGCAGCCAUGGACUCAGCCUCCAGCAACGGCGGCGGCGACGGCACAGGAGUCGGCGCCACGGUCACCUUCUCGCUCCGCCACGGGAGGCGACGGGGCCCCUGCACCGUCAUCGCCUACGGCAACAGCCCGCGCGACGAUCAAGAUGACAUCGUCAAUGGGCACCGCUGAAGAUGCCAAACGGACGACUCGGCAGGGUUUGGCGGGGGCGGGUCUGGCCUCGGAUGUGUGGUCCCUGGGUUGUUUGGCCUACGAGCUGCUGUCAGGGACGGUGCUGUUUGGAGGCGACUAUGCAUCGGUGACGCACCGCGUGGCAUUCGGCACUGGGGAGCACCUCACUCUGACGGAGGUGGAGCGCGGCCGGCUGGCUAACCUGCAGGAGCUGGUGGGUCUGGUGGAGUGGAUCCUGGUGCGCGACCCGGCAAAACGCCCUUCCCUGGACCGCAUCGCGGAGCGGAUUGAGCAGGUCCGAGCUGCCCUGGCAGCUAACGGCUUAUUAGCGUGA